CUUGCAACUUCCACACACACUGUCCAUUUUCAACGCAUCUAUAGUACAACUUGAAGAAGAUCGAUGGAGACAUUUCAGUCUUGGGUUUCAGAGCAUAAGCUUACCAGCAUUGGAGCAUUGUGGACAACAGCAGUUGGAGGAUCAUUGGCUUAUACACGUUCAAGAACUCCUCUAAAGCCAAGUCUCAGGCUUAUACAUGCCAGGAUGCAUGCACAAGCUUUGACACUUGCAGUGCUCUCAAGUGCAGCAAUCUACCAUUACUAUGAGAAGAAAGGAAACAAUAAUGCUGCUGCUGCUGCUGCUGCUUCUUCUAAAUAAAUUUAUCAACUCUUUGCCUAAUUAAAUAAUAAAUAAAUUUGCUCUAUUACUGGCUUGUAUUAAGCUUCAGGUAUUUUUUCCCUGAAAAUUAAAAUGAUGUGUAUCAACCUGGGGCUUGCUUUUGUUGUGGCUGCCUGCUGGGUUAGUUACAAAAUUAAUACCAAAUAUGAUUAAGUUUUUGUGCUUUGCUAA